AGAUGCUUUUGUCUGCAUAUAGUCGACUCUUUUUCUCUUGUCCCAUAUAAACAAACUCUCUCAAUGUUCUUCUCUUCUCUAUUUCCACAACCUUCCACCAACAUGGCUGUCGAUCAGAAUAAAACCACCAAACCUCCCUCUCAGACCCAUUUAGCCACCGCAUUCCAAUGCCAGGCACGGCGGAGGAUUUUCUUUCUACGCCUGAGGCAUCACAACAAGUUACCCACAGUUCGACUCGGUGGGAAGAAACCACGGCGAGGGCUUUCCAUAGCCAGGGUUUUGAAGAAAAUGAGGCUAAGGUGGCUGAAGCUGCGAUAUGCUUGCAUGUUGAGGAAGAUCAAGAAAUAUUACAGAGAUUUGAUCAAGGAUAUUGUUGAAGCAGGUUCAACCGUGGAGGCUUUACAGCAAAGAAUGUUUAUGGAGUCCACUUUCGCUAUCCCGGUUAUGGGUGUUUCCUUCGCCACCGUCCCUUCCGCUACUGCCUCAGAUCGUCCUCGACCCUUGUUCUUUUGAACAUUUUAGUAUUUAAUUUCCUCAUCUACUACUUCCCCCCCCCCCUCUUUUGGGGGUUAUUUUACUCUCUUUUUUCCCAACUUUCUUUCUGAUCUUUCGCAGCCUCAUCUCAUGUUAUCAAACUCUAUAGAAGAUAGUGACGAUGAUGUUUAUUUUAGAUAAAAUAAUUUCGCUUUUACGUGUUUUA